AUGAACGAUCGUAGAAGUGCCCUUUUCGAUGAUGUUGGAAGCUUUCCAAGCUCUUUCGAUCCAACCUCACCAACACCACAACAAUCUCUUGAUUUCUUUGACUCUGGAUUUAGUUCGAGAAGUAUAGGAGGAGCUUCAUCCCCACAAAUGAUGGAUAAUUCUUCGGGAGCAAUGGAUGGUUCGAUGAAUAAUCAAGGAAUGAAUGCUCCAGGUUUUGGUGGUUUAUUUGGAGGAUUUUUCGGUAAUAAUACAUCAGCUGGUGCUAAUCUUUUUCAAAAUCCAACAGCUGAUUUUAUGAUCAACAUGGGAGUGAAUCAAUUAUAUGGAAGUGUAGGAGAAAAGACUAAUGAAGUGACUAGUAGAUAUUGGCAAUGGUUUGAUGGACUUAAAUGUUAUUUUAAUGUUACUAAUAGUUAUGUGAGCAGAAAAUUACUCCUUGUUUUAUUCCCAUUUAAAAAGUUUGAUACAAGCUAUGAAUACAAUAAUAAUAACCAAAAUCAAACUCAAGAACGUCAUUUAAGUGACCCUGAUUUGUAUAUUCCAUUGAUGGGAUAUAUUACCUAUGUAUUAUUGGUUUGUUUUAUUAUGGGAGCACACAAGGAAUUUAAACCUGAAUUGUUGUACAGUAUCGGAAUGAAAGGAUUUAUAACAUCACUUUUGGAAAUUGCCAUUGUGAAAUUUGGAUUUUAUGCCUUGGGUGUUCAAAGCAGCUUGGGUGUACUUGAUGUUGCUGCAUUCUCUGGCUACAAGUAUAUUGGCAUUAUCAUCACUCUAGUAUUGUCAUUAUUAUUUGGAAAUUAUGCCUAUUAUCCUUCUUUAUUAAUCCUUGGAAUUAUGAUGGUUACUUUCAUGAUUAAAUCUUUGAGAAGAUCUAGUGUUCACUCCUCAGACAAUAGUAUGAGAUUAAGGUUGGAUACUAAUACAGCCAAAAGAAAUUAUUUCAUUUUCAUUGUGGCAAUUCUCCAAAUCCCAUUAUUCUUCUUCCUUACAUUUAGUUAUGCCAAGCCACUCUUCUCCAUACCUGGUGCUGCUCCUUUAUUGGAUCCAACAAAUAUUGCCACUCCUGUUCAAUAA